UGGCAACUCAAAGAUGGACGCAAUUCCGACAGACCCUCCCGUGCAUGUGCACUCCAUUGCGGGCAAAGCGUCGUGCUGCUACGUGGACAGCAUGAACGUUGCCUUCGACAUGGGAGUCAACUUUGUCAAGUCAGUGGUGCAGGACCAUGUGUUCAUCUCGCAUGGUCACAUCGAUCACAUCCAAGCGCUGCCGGCGCACGCUGCAGAGCGGCAGUUGACUGGCAUGAAGCCCGCUACGUACUACAUGCCUUCGCACCUCGUGCCACACAUGGAGCAAAUCAUGAUCAGCUAUUCGAAGAUGCAAGAAUCCGACAUUGCAGCUGUUCUCGUCGGUGUGGACGCUGGUAGCAUUGUGCAUAUAUCGCCAAAGGUUGCCGUGAAGGCGUUCGCGACGGCGCAUCGUGUGGCGAGUCUCGGCUACGUCGCGUACUCCAUUUCGAAGACAUUAAAGGGUGAGUUCGUGGGGUUGCCAGGGCGAGAGCUCGGAGCGCUCCGAAAGCAAAACGUCGUGCUGGAGGACAUCACGUGGGUGCCGUCUGUCGCGUACACGGGGGACACUUGCAUUGAAUUCUUCGACCAACACGAUCGAUGCGCGGACUUUUUGCGCGCGGCCGUCCUCGUCACAGAGGUACCCAUCUCAUGCGUUCAAGCCCUAACUGUUUGUGCAAAGUGCACCUUUUUAGGCGACACGUCGGCCGAGUCGAAAGCGGAUGAGACAGGCCACCUCCACCUGAACCAACUCGCACGUCGAAUGCAUCGCUUCGUCAACUCGUCGCUGGUGCUAACCCACUUUUCUGCCCGCUACAGCUUCCAGUACAUCCAGGACACUCUGACCAGGCAACUGCUGCCGCCGCCGCAUGAUGCCAACGACGAGGUGGUUCGCCGCAUCUUCAUGGCGUAUGGCGACCGCUGGGCCGCAGUGACCCGUCCUCCAUCUCCACCUGCACCACCCGCCGUCGCCUCGGAUAAACCGACCCAGUCAUAAUGGCACUUGUAAUAUUGACAGCAUCUAUUACACCUG